AUGCCCGGACAACGUGGACCCGUACCGGUGCCGCUCCAGGCUGCCGGCCGCGACCUCACUCAGGAAGUGCUGGAUCUUCUGGACACCAAGCAGACUGUUGCGACCGAGAGCGACCUUCCCGAUGUUGGUCAGGCUGAGAUCAAGGCCGCUCUGGACAGACUGGCUUCGAGAAACAUGGUCACAUACGACACCAACGACAAGGAGCAGGUUAUUCUCACAAAGGAGGGCGAGCAGAUUGCCACUGAGGGCAGUCACGAGUUCAAGGUCUGGGACGCUGUCAAGAGAAGAGGACAAAUGCCCUUGAAGGAGCUUACGAACGAGGUUGGCGCAGACUCAGCCAAGGUCGGUCAAGGCAACGCAUUCAAGCUCAAGUGGAUCAAGAAGGACGGCGAUGUCCUCGUCUCGCUGGUCGACUCUCCCAAGGACACAACCCGCGAAACCCUCGCAGCCAUUCAGAGCAGCAAGUCUCUUUCCGACAACAAGCUCCUCGCCGAUCUCAAGAAGCGCAAGUUGGUCACAGUCACAAAAGUCAUCAGCUACAAAGUCUCCAAGGGCGACAAGUACGCAAAGGAGAUGCCCGUCGAGCACACCGAUCUCACCCCCGAGAUGCUCGAGUCUGGCGAGUGGAAGACUGCAAACUUCAAGCCUUACAACUUUGCUGCUUUGGGUUCGCAGCAGCAUGCUGGUGCUCUGCAUCCUUUGAUGAAGGUGCGCGAGGAGUUCCGCAAGAUCUUCUUCCACCAGGGCUUCAUUGAGAUGCCCACUGGCAGAUUCGUCGACACUGGCUUCUGGAACUUCGACGCUCUCUUCGUUCCCCAGCAACACCCUGCCCGCGAUCUUCAAGACACCUUCUACGUCUCCGAUCCCGUAUCUGCCGACUUCCCCCGUGCCGACCCCAUCGCAGACGCAGCCAUGGAGGCAAUGGAGAAGGACGCCAAACUCUACGACCCCCGUCUCGCCUCAACAGAAACACCCAAACUCGACUACCAAAAAUACUACGACAACGUGCGCAAAGUACACCAAGACGGUGCUUUCGGCUCCAUCGGCUACCGCUACCCCUACAACGACGCCGAAACCACAAAACUCGUCCUCAGAACACACACCACCGCCGUCUCCACAUACGUCUUGCACCGUCUUGCCGCCAACCCUCGUCCUUGCCGCUACUUCUCCAUCGACCGCGUUUUCAGAAAUGAAACCGUCGACGCUACCCAUCUGGCAGAAUUCCACCAAGUCGAAGGUGUGAUCGCCGAUUACGACUUGACCCUCGGCGGCCUAAUGGCCUUCCUCGAAGGCUUCUUCGCCAAACUCGGCAUUUCCAACCUGCGCUUCAAACCCGCCUAUAACCCCUACACCGAACCCUCCAUGGAAGUUUUCGGCUACCACCAAGGCCUAGGCAAGUGGGUUGAAAUCGGCAACUCUGGAAUGUUCCGUCCUGAAAUGUUGGAAUCCAUGGGUUUGCCCAAGGAUUUGAGGGUUUAUGGCUUUGGAUUGUCAUUGGAGAGACCUACGAUGAUCAAGUAUAAGGUGUCAAAUAUUCGUGAUUUGUUGGGUCAUAAGGUUGAUUUGGGCUUCAUUGAGAGUAAUGCUGCUGUUAGACUUGAUAAGGAUUAA